GCGUAGGAGCUCGCCCUCGCCGAGUCGUGGCUCCUCUCGCACAGCCUCCCGCCCUCCACGCGCCGCCCGGCGGCGCGGCCGUUGCACGGAGGCGGCGCCGUCCUUGCUGCCAACAGCUCGACGAGCAGCGGCUGGUCGGCCGUCGGCGGCGCGGCUGUGCCUCGCCUUCCUCCCUCGGCGCUGGACGGCGGCCCGAGGAGCUGGCUGCCUCAGCUGCAGGGGCACGCGAGGCUCUCCUACACCUACCGCGAGGUGGCCGAGCGGUGGCCGAGCAGCGUGGGCAGGCCGGGCGAGGCGCUGCUCCUCUGCAGCGGCGUGGCCGCCGCCGCCGCCCUCCUCCUUCGCUGCGUCUUGCGGCGCCGACACCCGCCGUCGGGCGAGCAGGUCGGGCGCGCGGACGCCGCGGAGGACAGCGAUCGGGGGCAGCCACGGUCGCCGACGCGGCGCCUCUUCUUCCGGCGCGGCCACCGGACGGUCUCGCCGAGCUGCGACCCGCUGCUCGGCUACUCGUCGCAGGACGAGGUACGGUGA